GGCGCGACCCCAGCGAUGGCGGCGAACCGCGUGGGGCGGCGGCUGGGGCGGGGGUCGCCCGGGCGCUCCCCGGGGCCGCGGCGGCCGCAGCCCGCGCGCAGCCCCGGGCUCCAGCGGCGCCAGGCGCGGGUCACCGUCAAGUACAACCGGCGGGAGCUGCAGCGGCGCCUCGACACCGAGCAAUGGAUCGACGGGCGCCUCGAGGAGCUCUACCGCGGGCGGGAGGCGGAGAUGCCGGAUGAGGUGAACAUCGACGAGCUCCUGGAGCUGGACACCGACGAGGAGAGAGCCCAGAAGCUGCAGGGCAUCCUGAGGUCCUGCGACAACGACACGGAGGACUUCGUGCAGGAGCUGCUCGAGCAACUCAAGGGGCUACAGAAGCAGCAGGCCUUGCAGCGUCCCAGCCCCGAGGACCCCGUCCUGCCGCAGCCCUGACCCGGCCUGAGGGGGCUGCCCGCCACCGGGCCCCUGCCGGGCCGCCCGCCGCCCCGGCCUGGCCACUGUACAGUAUUUAAACCCGCCGGGCCCCCCGGCCCCUUGUAAAUCUCCGCGAGCUGCUGCCCCCGCCGGGCGCCCGGCGCUGUAAUAAAGCCUUGCUGCACCCUG